GCAGAUGCCACCAGGGUCCCCGACGAGGGAAGACACGAGGAAACAGGUUCCCGCCUAGACACAACACCAUGCGUCUCCUCGGCCCCUCACUCCUGCUCCUCGAAUACUUGGCUUUCUCUGACUCAACUCGGUGGAUAUUUAACCACCCGAAGACCCUCUACACCUGGGAGAGGGCCUGCGUCUGGAUUCCCUGCAGCUACAGAAUCCCAGAGCGUGGAAGUGUAGUGGAAAACAUGACCGUGUACCACAAUUACGGGUAUGACAAAGUCAGGAAGCAGUACACGGGGACCAUCCUCUAUCAGAAGACAAACACCAAGGAGAUUUCUCGCGAGGAAAGGGUACAGUUCCUGGGAGACAACAAGUCCAAUUGCACCCUCCGCAUCCACCCUGUGGGUGUCCAAGACAGUGGUCGGCUGGGGCUGAGGAUGACAUCGGGGGAUGACAAAUGGAUGGAGGAUAUAUUCCUGAACGUCUCUAAGACGGCCCCUCCACCUCACGUCUGGCUCCCUCCAGAAAUCCGGGAGUUCCAGGAGGUCACCCUGACCUGCUCGCUGAAUUUCGCCUGCUUUGGGUACAAAUUGCAGUGGUCCCCAAAGGGGUCUGGUGUCCCCUCGACCUCCCUGACCCCCCAGGUCGUCUCCACCGAGAGCAGGUUCACGUUCCAGCCGCAGUGGACUGACCAUGGCAAGAAUCUGAGCUGCCAGCUCUUGGAUCCUGACAAGCAGGUGCUCUCUGAGGAAACCGUGAGGCUGGAUGUGAAGCACCGACCAAAGUUGGACAUCGAGGUCAGACCUGAAGAAGCCGUUGUAAGAGAGGGGCAUCCUGUGACGAUGACGUGCCGGGUCAUCAGCAGCAACCCAGAGUACUGGACCAUAUCCUGGCUCAAGGAUGGGAUCCCGCUGAGUAGGGAGGAGAUGCCGAGGGAGCAAGAGAUGCUCACGUUAACUCUGUCCGGAGUGACCAAAGACAUGAGUGGAAAGUACCAGUGUGAAGCCCACAAUGACAUGGGCUCAGAAAAGUCCCAAGAAGUGGACCUCCAUGUGCAUUAUGCUCCAGAACCUUCCACGGUUCAGAUCUCCCCCUCGCCAGCUACGGAGGGAAAUCCAGUAGUGCUGACUUGUACAUCACAGGCCAGUCCUCCUCCAACAAAUUACACCUGGUAUCACAACGGGAUAGAGGUGCCAAGAAGGACAAAUAAGACCUUCCAGAUCCCAGAGGUCCUCCUCAGGCACGCUGGGAAUUAUUCCUGCCUGGCAGAAAACGCUCUUGGUCCUGGACAAGUUGGCCAGGAGGCUCAGCUGGUCGUCCAUUAUCCCCCCAAGGGGGUAACCAUGGUGAUUCUAAACCCCACGCCGAUCCGAGAAGGAGAUGACGUGACCCUGUCCUGUCACUACAAUUCCAGCAACCCCAGAGUCACCCGCUAUGAAUGGAGUCCCUGGGGCCCCUGGCGUGAGCUGUUACCUGGGGUGCUGACAAUUCCAAAAGUUGCCUGGGACGCCAAGCCCAUCACCUGCACAGCCUGUAACUGGUGGUGUUCGCAGGGGCUCCCUGUCAAGCUGGACGUCCAGCAUGCCCCCAAAGAUGUCAAGGUCCUGCUGAUCAACCCCCGUUCUGAGAUUUACUCUGGGGACCCGGUCCACCUCCAAUGUAACUUCUCCAGUAGCCGCCCCACAGACGUCCACUUCUUCUGGAAGAAAGAUGGGAUCUUUCUGCAGAAAGGAAGAGAACUGAGUUUUGCCGCCAUCUCUCCAGAAGACGCCGGAAGUUACAACUGCCUGGCCAAUAACUCCAUAGGGCAGAGCACGUCUGAGGCCUUGAGGCUCCAAGUGCUGUAUGCCCCUAGGAGGCUGCGUGUGUCUGUUAGCCCAAAAGACGUGAUAGAGGGGCAGAGGGCAGUCCUGUCGUGUGAGAGCGACGCCAACCCUCCCAUCUACCACUACUCCUGGUUUGACUGGAAUGACCAAAACCUCCACCAUUCUGAUAAGAUGCUGAGACUGGAUCCCGUGAAGGUCCAGCACUCAGGCGCCUAUCGGUGUGAAGGGACCAACGGAGUGGGGGCAGGCAUGUCGCCCCCCAACACCCUCACUGUCUACUACAGUGCAGAGACCAUCAGCAGACGAGCGGCCAUGGGAGUGGGCUUCUUCCUGGCCAUCCUCCUCCUGGCCAUCUGGGGAGUCAAGAUUCGGCGAAGCUGGAAGAGGAUCCGGAGGCAGCAGGAGCAUCAGGAAAAUUCCAGUGGGCAGAGCUUCUUCGUGAGGAAUAACAAGAUCAGAAGAGCCCCUGUCUCGGAAGGCCGCCACUCCCUGGGAUGCUAUAACCUGGCGAUGGAAGACUCCAGCAGCUAUGGUGCCUUGCGCUUUCCUGGCGGCGAGACUGACGUGCCUAGUACAGGAGAUGCAGAGACUUCAGAGAUGCAGGGACUUUGCCUAAACGGGGACAACACGGUCACUUACUCUGUGGUGCAGAAGCAUCACGUGGGCGACUAUGAGAACGUGACUCCAGCUGUUCCGGAAGACGAGGGGAUACAUUACUCAGAGCUGGUUCACUUUGGCGCUGGGCAGCGGCCUCCGGCCGAGGAAGGUGUGGACUACGUGACCCUCAAGCACUGAUGGGCCACACCGGCUGAGGUGGGGUUCCCAGGCCCUGCAGGAACCCGUCCUGGAGCUUCCCCAGCCUCUGCUGCUCAGCCACGGAGCUCCACAGCCUUCCCCUCCACACACACACACCAUUACUGCAACUCCAGUGGGUGCAGAGAACUCUGUGCACGGCCCAGGGACAGUCUUCCUUCUCAGCGCUGGGAACCCUGACUCUGAAAGGCCUUCCUCUGGGCCUUUUCUGCCCUCCUUCCCUCACCUACCCUGCGCUGUACAAACCCCCUGCCCCUCCCCAGCCAUCUGCCACCCCCCCCCAAGCCCCACAUCAGCUGGCUGUGUUCCUGCUGGGGUCAGCUUGUCACUAUGGUUUCUUUCCCUCCCUAUCCCUUUGACCCCCUCCUCUUGCUCUGAUAGUCCCCCUCACUAAUCUUAUGCCCAAGUUUUGCCUUUAGGGCAAAGCCCAGGGAAAGAGGAACAGAAAUGAUGCAGACAGAGGCACUGUCCUGUUCUGGUUUCUCCUCUCCGUGUACACCAGGCUGUCUACGGAGAGGGUCACGCUGCUGGAACCCCCCGCCUCAGGGGUCUCAUGGUCUGAGCCAUACCCCCGUGUGGACAAACGUGUAACAAACACGGAGCUGCCCAAUAAAAUGGCUCAG